CUUCGACGACUCGCACUCGAAGUUCUUCGAACACGCUCGAUCAUAUCUUCGUCAGUUUGGGAUCUACUUUCAAGAACCGACAGGCCUUAAUAAAUUUGUAUUUGAAAACACGAUCGAAUCCAUUGUUUUCCUAAAUUUAACCAGUAUAACUUUUUAUUCUAUGAAUUUUUGGCACUCCCGAUUUCACAAAUUUAUCUGUCGAAGUAAUUUUUUUGGAUCUAUAACUUGUACUCUGUGGAGGUGGUUUGAGAGGGGAGGGCGAGGAAUGAAGACACUUCACUGGUGUUUAGCCUUGGCUGUUUCAAGCGGAUUGACAGCAACUUUUCUCUACAUCGCCGGGUUCACCAAAUUUGAUGGUCAGCCCCUUAUCUCAGAGGAGGAUAUCAAUGCAUUGGAGUAUUUACAGACAAGCUUCAAGCAAUGCGUGAGGGCAAAUGGAUUGGGAUUGCAAGCUCUGAGGAAAGACUAUUGUCGGGUGAUUCUAACAUUUCCAAGGGAUACUGUACCAAAAUGGAAAGAUCCCAAGACUGGCGAGCUGGAAUGCUUAUCAUUUGAAUUUAAUCUUUGUGAAGCUUUAGCUACAUGGGAACAAGUCCGGAAUAGUAGCACAAUUCUCACACGAGAGUACAUUGAUACAUUGGCAAAUGGGUGGGAGGAAUAUGCAUGGCGUAGAAUCAACAAAGGGAUUCUUCUUAAUAAUUGCGAAAACAAGACACUCUGUAUGGAGAAGCUCGCAUUAGUACUUCCAGACACACCGCCUUUUCUGCCAAGACAGUUUGGGCGUUGUGCUGUAGUGGGUAAUUCAGGUGAUCUUUUGAAAACAAAGUUUGGAAAAGAGAUCGACAGUCAUGAUGCUAUUAUACGAGGGAAUGGAGCUCCCAUACAGAACUAUACACAAUAUGUGGGCCACAAAUCUACAUUCCGACUGCUCAACAGGGGAUCUGCAAAGGCUCUUGAUAAAGUUGCAGCUCUGGAUGAAACUGGAAAGGAGGUUCUAAUUAUCAAAACGACCAUUCAUGACAUUAUGAGUAAAAUGAUCCGAGAAGUUCCAAUUCUCAAUCCAGUGUAUCUUAUGUUAGGUACAUCUUUUGGCUCCUCAGCCAAAGGCACUGGAGUCAGAGCUCUUGAGUUUGCGCUCUCUGUAUGUGAUUCGGUUGAUAUUUAUGGAUUUACUGUGGACCCUGGUUACACAGAAUGGACUAGAUAUUUUUCUGAGUCAAGACAAGGUCAUACUCCUCUUCAAGGAAGAGCAUAUUAUCAAAUGAUGGAAUGUUUGGGGCUCAUCAGGAUUCAUUCUCCAAUGAGGUCUGAACCGGAUCGCAUUUUAAAGGAUAUUCCAGACAAGACUAUUCUUUAUGCUGCAAGAAUUGCUUCUGAGCGGGUUCUCAGGAAGAAUGCUCGAGGCACAGGAGAUCCUCUUGCGUCCUGUGCUAUCAUGCAAUAUCGUUCAAGGGGAAUCUUGAAAAAGUCUUCAUGGCUUAGAAAGGCUGCUGCCGAGCAUCAGGAUUAUGUGCAUGGUGUAACCAUGUAUCCAAUAGAACACAGUUCUUCAAAUCAAAUGCUUUGCAUAAAGUCGAGAACAUGAUGUCAACAGGUUGCAAGCCAAUCACAACAAUUUGAUAAUUUGAAUGGGAAGAACAAUAUUUUUCUUGGAUCCAUGAAGUUUUGAAAAUGAAUUAAAUUUUUCAUUCACAAUCGUUGUGCUGGAAUUGGCGUAAAAUCCACUUUUCUUGACUGUUUUUCAGCAAGCGGACAUAUCUUAGUGUGGAAGUGGAUGUAAAUCUUCACAUUUACAUCCAAAUAUUUGAUUAACUUCUAUAGUUCUGCUCGUGCCUCGAACUUAGCAUAUGCUGAUUUGAGAAACAUCAUGAUUUGCAUUCCAUGCAUAUGCCCUUUUAUGAGUACUAGGGGAGAGGAGCCAAUACGUGUGCGGGUACCAAUACAUGUUAUAGUACAUAGACAAAAUGAGACCAAUAGUGGUGCUCUAAAAAUGUCAUUUCAUGCUUUUCCCCAAAAAAGUACCUCUAAAAUUCAAAAAAUAACCAAUGAUGUGAUGCCAUAUCUACGCACAAGUAAACAUCUCUUAGUGCACACCUAUGGGUUUUAUGACAAUUUGGGGUCAUUUUGGACACUUGAACAAAAAUGCAUGCUGACGUGGCAUCAUAUUUGACCAUAUGGACUUGAAAUUUUGUUUUUGAGUAGGGGACUUGACAAGUAAGCUAUUGUGUAAAAUCCAUUUUUUUUUGAAAUGUCCACAUACGAUUUUGAGAA